UCUCAUCAAUAAAAACAACAAGAUGCAUGAUUUGAUUUUUGAAAAUUUUAGCAAAGUGUGAACCAUCUAAAAUAGUGUGUUUAUAGAAUAAAUAUGUGUUUUAUUUGUAGGAUUUUGUUGAUAGCGAAAAAUAUUUCAUACUUGCAAAAAUUGGCAUUGCUAAUUCUUGUGUGAGAUUGAUAAGAGUAAGUUUACAUAAUCGAGGAUAGUUACCAGCAAAAAGAAUUCGUUCUGCGGAAUGUGAUUCUAGAAUGAGUUGUUCAACAGUCUUAUGAAUUUGGGGUAGUAUAUCCAAACAAAGUCGAUCUAAUAUUUGAUCAGACAAUGAACAAUUAUCUUCUUCACAGUUUGUUUUUAACAAUUCUAUAGAACGAGUAUAAAUCUUAUCACGUAUUAAUUUAUUGAAUCUUUUGUUAACAUUUAUAAAUGAGUAAAGUACGUCAAUUUUGUUCAAUUUAUUCCAUAUGAUAAGGAUGAUUUCGUCUGGCAAAUCUACAAUACUAGCCAUUGAAUGACUCGUAGUUGUUGAGAAUAGAAUAAUCGUUAAUAAAAUAAGCAAAGUAUCAGUCAGUCAUCUAUACAUAUAUACGUCGUAUCGAAGUUACAUCCGUCAGCAAAGUUAUAAUUUCGUCAAAAUUGUGGACGAAGUUACAGCUUCGUCAGAUGGUAUGAUGGAAAAAGGAAGAAGGGAAAAUAAUAAUCAUAAGAGGCCGUUAUAAUAAAAUGGUUAAAAUAUUUCUCUUCUGAUUGGCUCAUACCGUUAAAUGUGUUCAUUCUUUAGGUAAAGAUAUACAAAUUGAUCUCUCGUUAUUUUAGAUAUAUGAUGGCCACUAUUUCUCAAAAAGGCAAAAAAAUGUUGAAUAUAGACAAUUUCAUCUUUAAAUUGAAUAGGACGAGUACAAAAAAAUCUUACUGAUGCUUAGAUCUGCAUUGUACUGUAAAUGUAUGUACUGAUCUUGAUGAUAUUAUCUUAAGCAUUAAAGAUGAUUAUUGUCAUCCAUCUUAACCAGAAGAAAUACGAAUUCGAAUAUUGAAACAAGCUAUAAAACGCGUGCUAUAAAUGAAAGUACGUCUAUCCCACAAAUUCAGAAUGAAAAAGCAGCACAAACUGAUCUAUCAACAUUGCCAAUUGCUGCUUUACCUAUUAAUUAUGAUAAUGGUGAUGUUACUCGUAAUGAACUUUUAGAAAGAUUAUCCUUCUCUGUCGCUAAAAUAUCAAAUAAAAAAAAUGGACCCUAUUAUCCUCCAUGA